UGGAAUGAAAAAAAUAAUAAAUAUAUAAAAGAAAAAGAAUAGUAUUUUUCUUCCCCAGCAAGCCAAUUCGUAAAAUAUAAAUACUGAUAUAUCCACUCAACUCGCCUUAGCGAAGUUUCAUAACUCGUUUUUUAACGCCAAAAGCGGCUUACAGGUACGCUUGAAGUGCGACUCUCCCAAAAUCAGACUCUUACGAUUCUAUCGUUCGCGAUUUGAACUAUUAUUAGACUAGUUAGGGUUAGGGUUUUCUCAGUUGGAUUUUGCGCGGCUCACUGGAACGCGUUUUUUGUUGAAGCUAUGGAGUCUACUUUGGUGAUCAAGGUUAAGUAUGGUGAUACACUUAGGCGUUUCAAUGCUCCUGUUAAUGAGAGUGGACAGCUUGAUAUCAGCCUGGAUGGACUAAGGGCGAAGAUUCUUGGUCUCUUUAAUUUCCCUCUGGAUGCUGAUCUUGUUCUUACUUAUGUUGACGAAGAUGGGGACUUAGUGACACUUGUUGAGGAUGAUGACCUGCUUGAUGUGAUGAAGCAACGCCUGAAAUUUUUGAGGGUUGAUGUACAGCUCAGAAAUGAUAAAUCUGGUAAAUCUUAUUCUAAAUCCAGUGGUAGUUCUACCCCAAUGAGAUCUCCUCGAGUCCAUAGUCCAAUGUCAAGCAUCAAUGCUGGUGUGGCUGAUUUGCUGAAGUCUGUGCCAGAGCCACUGCGAGAGGCUGUCUCAAAAGUGUCCCUUGAUUUGGCCUCAAAGCUUGGCUGUUCCAAUCCUGCAGUUGUCGAGCUUGUUGACUGUUUAUCAAAAAUGUCCCAGUCCUUGUUGAUUCCAGCUCAACAGUUUUGUGUUGCUGAAAGUUCAAGCACUCAAACAGGUUCUACGAGAAACCUCGUGGCUUCAGCAGUGACUACUGUACCAAAUGCUGCCAAUGAUGAGACUGGUCAGAAAGUGAGGAUUGAAAAUGUGACUAGAGGUGUGGGUGUGCCUGUCAAACCACCUGUCCCUUCUCCUGUUGAUCUGAAUCUGGAUCCUCCUUGUGAUUCCAGUCUCUUUCCCUUUGGACACGUAAACAAUAUUUUACGAACUCCCAAUGGUGAUGACAGGAAAGAAACUAAGAAACACAAUGCUGUUCAAGUGGCUGAAGAAUCCAUGAAAGAAUUACCCGCAUUCCCUAGUGCUAAUGAUUCAGCAUGGCCUUUUGGUAAUGAGUGUCCAUUUAGUGGGAUGCCUGUGGCAAAUGACUCAUCAGUGCCUCCUACUAUACUAUCUCGAAUUAAUUCACUUAGGAGGAGCAGUGGACGAAAUGAUGUCAUGGUUUUCCAUAGAGGUGUUCAGUGUGAUGGUUGUGGGGUUCAUCCAAUUACAGGACCUCGGUACAAGUCUAAAGUAAGAGAGGAUUAUGAUCUCUGCAGCAUAUGCUUUGCUCAAAUGGGUAAUGAAGCUGAUUACAUCAAGAUGGAAAGACCAGUGUCUUACAGACAUCCCCGGUCAUUCAAGGGGUUGCAUGAUCCUAAUCACUGGGUUUUUCCCCCAUCAAUAUCACCUAUCCCACGACAUUGUGGAAUGAAGUCAGCUCGAUCUAAGCUGGACAGUCGCUUUAUUUUGGAUGUGAAUGUUUUGGAUGGUACUAUGAUGGCUCCAUGCACUCCCUUUACCAAGAUUUGGCGGAUGCGCAACAGUGGCAGCAUUGUUUGGCCUCAGGGAUCAAGGCUCGUGUGGAUUGGGGGAGACAGAUUCAGUCAAUCAGAUUCUGUCGACUUACAGAUCCCUGUGGAAGGUAUCCCUGUCGAUGGGGAACUUGACAUUGCAGUUGAUUUUGUUUCACCUGGAUUACCUGGCCGAUAUAUUUCAUACUGGAGGAUGGCAAACCCAUCUGGCAUAAAGUUUGGACAGCGUGUCUGGGUUCUUAUCCAGGUUGAUGCUUCCAUGAAAGAUCUGGUUUGUGAUGGAGUUCAGGGGUUGAACUUGAAUUUGCCCCCUAAUUGCAGUGGCUCUAAACACCCUGAGAUUAUAGAUGUGAAUGUUCAGCCUGUUGUCGAUAGUGGUUUUGCAGAGCCUUGCAAUUUUACCACAGUUUCAGUGCCAAUAAAGCCGACAGUUGAUGUUGAACAGCCUAAGAAUGACCAGGAGUUGAAUUUCCCCACAAAUGAUGCCUUGUUAGUUGGUGAAGCUGUUGCAACUCCUGCACCUCCUCAUGUCUCCUCUUCUGUGUCAUAUCCGAUUAUUGACUUAUCUGAAACAGCCCUGGUUGGGCCAUCAGAAGCUCCUCUUGCUGUGGAUGUCCGACCUUUAUCUGACGAUGUCAAUGUGAAGGAGGCAAUUGAGAAGUCUCUUCUCAAGGAACUUGAGGAUAUGGGCUUCAAGCAGGUUGAUUUGAACAAGGAGAUCUUGAGGAUGAACGAAUACGACUUAGAGCAGUCGGUUGAUGCCCUCUGCGGUGUUUCUGAGUGGGAUCCAAUUCUUGAAGAGUUGCAGGAGAUGGGUUUCUGCAACAAGGAAAUGAACAGGAAGCUGCUGAAGAAGAACAAUGGGAGUAUCAAGCGUGUGGUGAUGGAUCUCCUCACAGGAGAAAAGGAUUAAUCUGAUGCGCCUACUCCCUGCUUAAAUAGACUUUUUGUUAUAAUUAUAUCAGGAUUUGAAUGGAUGUGUUUGCUUUUCUUUAUGCUUCAGAAACUGCUUGUGGUAAUUAUAUGUAAUUAGACUUUUUAGCAGUAAACAUAAAAUUUGGAAUAAAAUUUCCUAUAUAAAUAUAUAACUUGUGUUCAUUAUCA